AUGGCCACAGCCACCGUGCUCGCCCCGAGCGCCCACUACCCUUCGUACACGCCCACCUUCUCCCAACACUCGUCGGCCUCGACUGUCAACUCGUCCGCCAUGAUCUCCUCAGAGCCUCGCAGGCACCCUGAAGACAACGACUCCCCCAAUCGACAGUCGCUACCCUCCAUCUCAGAGGUCAUUUCCGGCACCAGACCGGCCCAGUACCCUCCGCAUAGCCAGUCCAACAUGGCUCCUGGUUCUGGCCUGCCCUCAUCCUUCCCCCAGGCUGUCCACCAUUAUCCCAUCUCUCCUCGUCACACUGUACCCGUCUACGACCCGAGAGCGCAGCCCCUACACCCAGACGAGGCCGACUACGCCAACCGGGCGAGAUUCGACCCCUCGCUCAACAGACACUUUGAGCCUUGGAGUUAUCUAGAGUCCCUUUCCCGAAUUGGAUCAUCGUCACGCGUCAUUUUCAACUUCGCCGAGGCCUACACGAGGAUUGCAAGGGAACAGCACGGGUCGCAGCCCAUCCCAGAGCGCUUACCAACGGAACGCGAGGUUGGGGACAUGCUUGCGAACCUCGAGGUGAUCAAGCAGUCGUUCGAUCAAGUCAAAGACGCCGUGCAAGCUUCCAUUCAGAGCGAACGAGCUCGAGAGGGCAUCAAGAUCAAGGGGACAUACGAAGAGGACCACGAUGUUCCCAUGUACGGAGACGCCAUGAAGCCUCAGUACGCCAUGCCAUCACACGAGGUGAAGAAAAGACGUGGGCGAGCUGCGCCACCCGGACGAUGCCACAGCUGCAAUCGGAUUGAUACCCCCGAGUGGCGGCGAGGCCCCGAUGGUGCGAGGACUCUGUGCAAUGCCUGUGGGCUGCAUUACGCCAAGUUGGAGAGAAAGCGUCAGUUGGAAGCACGGUCCAUACGGCCCAAGCCCGAGGACAGGAGCUGA